CAACCAUGCAUGGCUGUGCUCAGUGGAUCGUGUUUAUCGUCAUUACUGUCGGAAUAGACGCAGCCGUGCAACCAACUCUCGAAAAACUCCCCCAAUCACGGUCCGAUCAAGUGAGAGCUGCAGUGAACCGAGAUACAUCAUGGGUGCACGCAAAGAGGAGUGAGCAAAGACAGGACUGGAGUUCACAUGAUGCUUCUGAUUUUGAUGAAGUGCCUUAUUCGGACUACGCUUGUGAAGGAUCCCAAGUGUUCAUCUCAUGUCCGACAGGCUAUCAAAUAAGGAUUGUGUCUGCAUUCCUCGGCGUCGACCGACAUGGAUUAUGCCAAUCACAAUCGAACCUCAUGUUUCUUGCUCCUUGUGGUGAUUUCAACCAUGCAGAAAAUGCAGUGAGAAAUGGUUGUGAGUACAUGGAUUUUUGUAUUGUUGAUGCAUCUGCUGACAAACUUGGCUUCGAUAACGAAUGUCCAGUGGGCACUCAAUUCCUGCAGGUGCACUACUACUGCAAGUUGAAGCAUGGUUUCUGUAGCAAUGGUCGACUUGAAGUUCAGGGGUGUGAUGACGACUGUGGGUAUCUGUUGUGCGCUGACAACUACAGAGCAACCUGUGCCAUUAACAAGUGCAAUCACAACAUCGGAUGUUUCCCUGAGUUUCGAGACCCAAAUGGAGAUUUCGUGGAAUGCAAAACUGUCGCUGAUUUGUCAUGCUUCCCACCCAAGUUUAUUGACUUCAAUGAGCUGGUAUUUGGAGCUGAAAACAAUUCGACACAAGAUAAUCCGACUGAGAAAAACACAACCGAGAGCGAAGUUCUUUCAGAAACCUCGACGAAAGCUGUAAAAAACUAUUCCGAAGACUUUUUCCGAUAUAAUUUUUACAAUGAGAGGACUACAAAUGAUUUUAUACUGGCUACAAGCACACAAACUGCUGGAGUUAACAUAACUGAGAACGCUGAUAAUGCAGCAACUGCACCAACCGAGAAAUUGACAACACACUUUCCAGGAGCCCACAUAACUGAGAAUGCUGAUAUUGCAACAACAGCAACAACCGAGAAAUCGCCAACAACACAAACUCCAGGAGCGCACAUAACUGAGAAUGCUGAUAUUGGAACAAGAGCAACAAUCGAGAAAUUGUCAACACCAUUUCCAGAAGCCCACAUAACUGAGAAUGCUGAUAUUGCAACAGCAGCAACAACCGAGAAAUCGUCAACAACACAAACUUCAGGAGGAGCCCACAUAACUGAGAAUGCUGAUUUUGCAACAACAGCAACAAUCGAGAAAUUGUCAACACCAUUUCCAGGAGCGAACAUAACUGAGAAUGCUGAUAAUGCAACAACAGCAACAAUCGAGAAAUUGGCAACACCAUUUCCAGAAGCCAACAUAACUGAGUAUGCUGAUAUUGCCACAACAGCAACAAACGAGAAUACAUCAACAACACAAACUCCAGGACUCCACAUAACUGAGAAUGCUGAUAUUGCAACAACAGCAAUAACCGAGAAAUUGUCAACACCAUUUCCAGGAGCCCACAUAACUGAAAUUUCUGAUAUUGGAACAACAGCAACAUCCAAUAAAUCGUCAACACCAUUUCCACGAGCCCAUGUAACAGAGAAUGCUGAUAUUGCAACAACAGCAACAACCGAGAAAUCGCCAACAACACAAACUUCAGGAGGAGCCCACAUAACUGAGAAUGCUGAUAAUGCAACAACAGCAACAACCGAGAAAUCGCCAACAACACAAACUUCAGGAGGAGCCCACAUAACUGAGAAUGCUGAUAAUGCAACAACAGCAACAAUCGAGAAAUUGUCAACACCAUUUCCAGGAGCCCACAUAACUGAAAUUUCUGAUAUUGGAACAACAGCAACAUACAAUAAAUCGUCAACACCAUUUCCACGAGCCCAUGUAACAGAGAAUGCUGAUAUUGCAACAACAGCAACAACCGAGAAAUCGCCAACAACACAAACUUCAGGAGGAGCCCACAUAACUGAGAAUGCUGAUAAUGCAACAACAGCAACAACCGAGAAAUCGCCAACAACACAAACUUCAGGAGGAGCCCACAUAACUGAGAAUGCUGAUAAUGCAACAACAGCAACAAUCGAGAAAUUGUCAACACCAUUUCCAGGAGCGCACAUAACUGAGAAUGCUGAUAAUGCAACAACAGCAACAAUCGAGAAAUUGGCAACACCAUUUCCAGAAGCCAACAUAACUGAGUAUGCUGAUAUUGCCACAACAGCAACAAACGAGAAUACAUCAACAACACAAACUCCAGGACUCCACAUAACUGAGAAUGCUGAUAUUACAAGAAUAGCAACUACUGAAACUUUCCCUCAUGAUAAGGAAACGCCUGUCGAAAGACCUGUAAAAGAAAAUCCUUCAGAAAUCGGAGGAAAAGUAACAGAAGGAAAUACCGCAGCUCCAAGACUGAAUUCCGGAAAAGACAAAGGACAUGAAGUAGAAGCAGAACACGAAAGUUCAGUGCUGCAUGCGGUGCUCGUUUGCGAGUCCGAUUCAGAUAGCAUAUCUUGCGAAACAGGAUACGAAGUUGAAAUAGCUUGGGUUUUCUACGGACUUGAUGAAAGGGGAUAUUGCUCCCCAGUUUCCCAGAUCCAGUUCUUUCCACCUUGCGCUAAUGACAACCAUGCUUUUUCUGCAGUUAGCAAUAGGUGA